AUGUUUCCAAGGCUUCAGGAGGUGUCUCCUUUGGCUAUCAAAGCCAAUCCUUAUAUUGCCGAGAAUCUUUUUGAUCAGUGGCUUUCGCUUCCUGAAACCAAUUCUUUGGUAAAAUCGUUGCUUAAUAAUGUGAAGGGAGGUGCUCCCUUGAAUGUCUCUGGGACAUCAACUGGUUCAAAUGCUGUCACAAGCAAUUCUUUACCUUCUAUGUUUCCCGCUGGCAGUACACCGCCACUGUCGCCAAGGAGUUUGUCGGGUUCCCCUCGGGUCAUGAAACAGAGGGUAGGCCCAUCUGCUUUUAGCUCUCCACUGAAAUUAGUGAAUGAACCUGUGAAAGAGCUUAUACCUCAGUUCUUUUUCAAAAAUGGUCGUCCGCUGCCAAAUGAAUUGAAAGAGCGUUGCUUGUUCAGAAUCAGUCAAUUUUUUUAUGGUCACGCAGAUGGGCUCCAGAUGCACGAAUUUAAACCAGUUACCAAGGAAAUUUGCAAGCUUGCAUCAUUCUUCUCCACUGCACUAUUUAGAAAGAUUGAUGUCAAUGGCUCCGGCAUUGUGACUAGGGAGGCAUUUGUUGAUUAUUGGAUCAAUGGCAAUAUGUUGACCAAAGAUACAGCAACCCAGAUAUACACACUCUUGAAGCAGCCAGAUUUUAAAUACUUGACUCAGGAUGACUUCAAACCUGUGCUUCGAGAACUUUUGGCAACUCAUCCAGGUUUGGAAUUCUUACACAGCACACCUGAAUUCCAAGAAAGAUAUGCUGAAACUGUAAUAUACCGAAUAUUUUACUACGUGAAUAGAUCGGGUGACGGUCGUCUUACCCUCAGAGAGCUCAAACAUUCGAACUUAAUUGUUGCAAUGCAACAUGCAGAUGAAGAAGAAGAUAUCAACAAAGUAUUGAGGUACUUCUCUUAUGAACAUUUUUACGUGAUAUAUUGCAAGUUUUGGGAGCUGGACACGGAUCAUGAUUUUCUGAUCGAUAAAGAGAACCUCAUCAGAUAUGGUAACAAUGCACUUACCUACAGGAUUGUUGACAGAAUAUUUUCUCAGGUCCCCAGAAAGUUCUCCAGUAAGGUCGAAGGAAAGAUGGGAUAUGAAGAUUUUGUUUACUUCAUAUUGUCAGAGGAGGAUAAAUCAUCUGAGCCUAGUCUUGAGUAUUGGUUCAAGUGCAUAGAUUUGGAUGGAAACGGAGUUAUUACAAGGAAUGAAAUGAAAUUCUUUUAUGAAGAGCAGUUGCAUAGAAUGGAAUGCAUGGCCCAGGAGCCUGUGCUUUUUGAGGAUGUUUUGUGUCAGAUGGUUGACAUGAUUAGUCCACAGGAUGAGAGCUAUUUUAUGUUGCGUGAAUUAAAAGGCAGCAAACUCUCUGGCAAUGUUUUCAAUAUCCUUUUUAACCUCAAUAAAUUCAUGGCUUUUGAAACUCGUGAUCCAUUUCUAAUUCGCCAGGAACGUGAGAACCCAAAUUUGACUGAGCUCCCUUUUAAGUUCUUUAUGGUGUCCAUGGUGAUUCUUUGUAACAAGCUGCUAUCUAGCAGUAGAGUAAUUUUGGGCGAGAAGUGGUCAAAUGGGAUCAAUCUGCUCAUUUUCAGUAAUGAGUGUUUUGAGGACUGUCAAUGA